AUGGAUGAGGACGUUUCAUGUAUUUCUUCUCCUUCCCAUUUAAACGUCCCCAACUAUAUUCAGAACACAGAUCACAGAGUUAUAGAAGGGACACCCCAGCAAGGACAAGCGUCCGUACACAAAAACACUAACAGAUUAUUAGCAGAAGGGCGAAUGGAUUUCGACGAAGUGUAUGGGACAUUCAAGAAGCAGGUUUUGGAAAAGUUGGGAUGUGAUGAAGAACAAUGCACAGCAGUUAAAAAUUCUGUGAAGUCCUAUUUCGAUAAAAUAAAAUGGAAUGUGAAGGAUCAACAGGGUGCAGAGAAAUCUGGGGAAAGAAGUAAAGCAUUAGAGUGCGCUUCGGAGAAGGGGAAGGAAGGAAGCGACAGUUAUAAAUAUACGGGAGCUUUAGGCUCUCUCAUACAUUUAGUUUUAAAUUACAAGCUUACAUCUCUCACCAUUCUUAUCCUAGCUCUUGCAUACUUUAAGUCUCGAUAUUUAUUCGUGGUUAUGGGCAUAGUUAUACUGCUAAAUAUAUUUUGGGAACUGGAAAGUUUAAAUAAAAAAUUGAAGAAUCCGUAA